UGUCUCUGUCUCUCUGUCUCUGUCUCUCUCUCUCUUUCAUUUUUCUAACAUUACAUUUUGUAGUUUGAAUUAUUCCCAGAUAAUCCAGACAGGCUUUCCCCUGAAUUGCUUUUUCCACAGCCUAGGACACUGAGGAGCCAUGUGUGAUGAUGAAGAAACCACAGCACUUGUCUGUGACAAUGGCUCUGGACUUUGCAAAGCUGGAUUUGCCGGAGAUGAUGCUCCAAGGGCUGUUUUUCCAUCCAUCGUUGGACGACCUCGGCACCAGGGGGUUAUGGUAGGGAUGGGGCAAAAAGACAGCUAUGUUGGCGAUGAAGCACAGAGCAAACGAGGGAUUCUGACCCUGAAGUAUCCUAUCGAGCACGGGAUUAUCACUAACUGGGAUGACAUGGAAAAGAUUUGGCAUCAUUCAUUCUACAAUGAACUUCGAGUUGCCCCAGAAGAGCACCCUGUCCUCCUGACUGAAGCGCCAUUAAACCCCAAGGCUAAUCGAGAAAAAAUGACCCAGAUCAUGUUUGAAACUUUCAAUGUCCCUGCAAUGUAUGUGGCCAUUCAAGCGGUUCUCUCUCUCUAUGCAUCUGGCCGAACUACUGGGAUAGUUCUGGACUCUGGGGACGGUGUCACACAUAACGUACCUAUCUAUGAAGGCUAUGCCCUGCCACAUGCCAUCAUGAGACUGGAUCUGGCUGGAAGAGAUCUCACUGACUAUCUCAUGAAAAUUCUUACAGAGAGGGGAUACUCUUUUGUUACUACAGCCGAGCGUGAGAUUGUGCGAGACAUCAAAGAGAAGCUCUGCUAUGUGGCUCUCGACUUUGAGAAUGAAAUGGCCAUGGCUGCAUCCUCCUCUUCUCUGGAGAAGAGCUACGAACUCCCUGAUGGUCAAGUCAUCACUAUUGGCAAUGAACGGUUUCGAUGCCCAGAAACACUCUUCCAGCCAUCAUUCAUAGGGAUGGAGUCUGCCGGUGUCCAUGAAACAACCUAUAACAGUAUAAUGAAAUGUGAUAUUGACAUCCGUAAAGACCUUUAUGCUAAUAAUGUGCUUUCUGGAGGGACCACCAUGUACCCUGGCAUUGGGGACCGUAUGCAGAAGGAGAUUACCGCUUUGGCUCCAAGUACAAUGAAGAUCAAGAUGAUUGCACCUCCAGAACGUAAAUAUUCUGUCUGGAUUGGGGGAUCCAUAUUGGCUUCUCUUUCGACCUUCCAGCAAAUGUGGAUCAGCAAAGAUGAAUAUGAGGAAUCUGGUCCCUCCAUUGUCCAUCGCAAAUGCUUUUGAAUAUGCUUAUGGUUCACCCUAAAUGUUAUUUCUCUACCAAAUUUCUCUGGAAAUUUAGUUUAAGCUUUCCCUCACUGCCUAGUCUGAAAACACAAUAAAGGUGAAGUUAACUGAGCAGAUGUUGAAACAGAAAAUUAAAAAAAAAAUCCUUCCAGUAGCAACCAAGUUAGUCAUAGGUAUGAGCUUUCGUGUGCAUGCACACUUCUUCAGAUACACUGAAACAGAAGUCACCAGACCCUUAUGUAUAGUCAGAGGGUGGGGAGGUGUUGUCAUUUCUGGAUACCUCAAAUACGUACACCCCAUAUUAUGUACACCCCAUAUUUUCCAUUCAAACGACAAGGAUCCUUAGAAAAUCCUUCAUUGGUUAUUAAAUAAGUUAUUGCAGGUAGGAAGCUUCCUAACACUGCUCGUCAGGGGAUGCAAUACUUCAUGCUUUGAAAUAAUAUGUUCAAUGUUAUAUGCAAUAUCCAAUGAGCUCUGUAUGGCUUUAAUAUGAACAUUUUAUCCUCACAAUACUGCGAUGUCUUAAGCAGACUGAUUUGCCCAAGGCUACCAAGUCAACUUCAUUGCUAGGUAGAGUUUUGAAAUAGCAUUUGUCACAUCUACACACAGCAUGCUAGCUACUAUUAGUUUUCUUUCUACUUUUUUUAAGAGCAGUUGGUAAAAUCCUGCUACUAAG